AUGUGUCAGCCGAUCCAUAAGUGCGUCAGUAACCGUGACUCCCCCGCCAAUUUCAAACGGGCCACAUUGAUCUUACUCAUUUUUUCGAUGUUUACAUUAAAAUUCUGCAAUUUUUAAGCACACUUUGAUUGUUUCAGAGUUCAAGGAAAACCACAACCGUCGUCGCGCUGAUUCCAAUGUCUCAAACACGUCCAGCCGCCGCAGCUCGUCAAACGACAGUAGUCUGUUGCUCCACGAUCAGAACACGGACAACUACGGAGUGCAGCGCCACUGUCUCUCAACCACUAAAUCCACCGCCUCAUUGAUUGUGUCGGUUUACACAACGUCUCGCCAAGUCACAGGAACCGAGCGUAUCGAGACUGGACGCGUCAAGAUGGAUACCUACCAGAAGUACUUUGGAGCCAUGGGAAUGUCUAUCGCCGUCAUUUUUGUGUUUGGAAUGAUGGUAAGGAGCUUCUGGCUGACGGAUUGAUCAAACGACUUUCUGGAUCCUCUCGCGCUGGAACCAACGCCACUGGAAACAGUAUUGGAGUCCGUCUAAGAGUGUACGCUGGCCUCGGAUUCUCUGAAAGUGAGUUUUCCCGCCACGUGCGUCCUCAGAACGUUAUUCUUUUUUUUCAGUUAUCCUUCUCUUCAUCGGAAUGCUGUCCCUGCUCUACAGUCGGCUUCGAGAAACCUGCACGCCCCACUGAUGCGCAAUCUAUUCCGUGUUUCAAUGGUUUUUUUCGGCACGACACCACUCGGACGGAUUUUGAACCGCAUCGGAAAGGAUAUCGAGACGUUCGACGUGCUUCUGCCGUUCAAUGUCCAGUUCUUUGCACAGUACCUCCUACAAGUGAUCUGUGCCUAUUCAUUAUUAGAAGGACAAUUUACAACCAAAAUGGGUUGAGCGAGAUCAUUUGACAGGCUUUGUUGCGGUGGCAAAACGUCUAGUAGCGCUAAGACAAAGCACAUUUUUAUUAUCAUUUUCCAGGUAUAAGUUCGACGAUCUGAAUGUUUCUCGACAUGAUGUUACGCGAGUAGCCAAAAAAGUACCGUACAUCCUUAUGUACCGAAAGCGCAGACAUGGCAAGAUCAGCCGAACUGGAACCAGAAAGCCAACAGAAUCUCCGUACAACGUAAAUGCUUUAUGAAGUCCUGAUUUUAACAAAAAUACAAUUUCAGUUCUUCGACGCCAGCAAACGAUAUCUGGAACACUGUCCAGAAUCGUGGGAAGUCAUUAAGAGACACUGGAAAAUGAUGUUGUCAACAAUGUAG